AUGCACAGACACUCCACGCCUCAUAUAUACACAUCAAAUGCUCCGGGCUCAGGAAUGGCCAUGAAUAUGAAUAAUAUGAAUAAUAUGAAUAAUAUGAACAAUAUGAACAAUAUGAACAAUAUGAACAAUAUGAACAAUAUGAACAAUAUGAACAAUAUGAACAAUAUGAACAAUAUGAAUAAUAUGAACGGUAUUAACGGUAUUAACCGUAUGAACAAUAUGAACACUAUUAACAGUAUGAACAGUAUGAACAGGGAAUUGGACAUAGACAUGGCUUCUCCGCCCGCUUCAGAGAACACGCCGUCAAAGACCCAAUCGCCCGUCGUUUGGACGUCUUCUUACGCCUUUGACGAGUCGCCACAACCACAGCUAAAGACUAGAUCGUCUAGGUUCUUCCCGUCACCUCAAAUGGACUCGACUAGUAGAGACGUUGCCUACUCUCCCUCUGUCUUCAACAACAGACGCUUCUCCCCAGUAUCGAGACACAACUCAAUGCUCUCCUUUGAUCCAAUACUCCCCUCUCCAAACUCAAAGACAAAGACAACAACAACAACAACGACAAAGACAACAACUUCUACUAUCACAGCUACAACGACAAAUUCUAAUCCUAAUCUGAACCCAAAUACUAAUACAAAUACUAAUACAAAUACAAGCAUGAAUGCUAAUACCAACACCAACAUCAACGUCACCGCCACACCUACAUACUCCAACUACUACAACGUCUUGAACUCCCAACACAUCCCCUCGUCACACUCUCUGCAGUUGCAACCCAAUAAUACAAACUAUUCCUCCUAUUCAUCCACCCCACUUAACAAUAACAUCAAUAAUUUGAAUAACUUAAACAACAUGAAUAACCCAAACAACACCACCUUUCAACAGCUGCCCAACUUGUCCUCCCUCAACUUGAUCAACUCAAAUUUCCCCAUACUGAACCCCCUUCGUUCCUCCUUCGACUUGGACGACUCAAACUUGGAAUUGAACGACCUCUCCGACUUUAACGACUUGUCCUUCUUAUUGGAUUCUCACUCUCCUUCACCGUGCCCUUCGCCGUCCACUAAGAAAUCGAAAAACUUGAAACCACCUAAAGUGUCUCCAAUCAAACUCUCAAAUUCAACACCGUCAAAGGAGAUCAUACCAGAUUCAAAACAGAUACACCUCACACAAUCCCCGCCUCUAUUACAAAAUCAACAUCAACAUCAACUACCAGCUUCUUCUCCUCUGGCAUCUCCACUCCCUUCGCCCAUUUCAUCCUCUUCAACUUCUCCAGCAUCGUCUCCCAUCCCGUCCCCUUCGUUGCCACCUGCAAACUUAUUCGACGAUACACCCCCCUCCAGAUCCUCCUACAACACCAAUUCAAGAAUAUCCCACUUUGUUAACCAUAUAAUCACCAAACAUGACCUCAUCUACAGGUCUUUUGGAGUGACCAUCGAUCCAGUCCUCCCGCAUCUCACAGACGCCAUCUUACACACAGUCUUCAGUCCUUUUGGCCACAUAGAAUCCGUCUCCGAAACACUCUCCGUCACAUCUUCUUCUUCUUCUUUGUCUACCUCGAAAUCUACGAUUGCAUCCUCUGAAUUUAAACUCGUCAUGUCAAUGUCACAGUCUCAACUAACCGCAAUCAAUCUCAAUGAUAGGAAACUGAAAUUGCAUUAUACCGACCGCUCCAACAAACAAAUAGAAAUUACACUCUCCAUUAAACUGCUAAAUGAAAGCAAGACUCUUUCAGAUCUACUGGCUUUAGAACAAAUCAAGGAAAAUUCCUUAACUCCAAAUGAGUCCUUUAUUUCAAACUCUACCUUUUCAUUGUCAAACCAGCUCAUCAAGAAUAACAAGUUGGACGUCUCAUGGUACCCAGAAGGCUUUAGCUCAACCUUCCACAGAAGAGGGAUCAACAACUUCAUGUUUGUCCGUGAACUACAGAGUAAGAUGAUCAUAAACAAAACUAGAAUCUCAAAUGGCAGCUUGAUCGAGUUGGGCGAAUUUAGAAUCAGCCUACCAAUUGACGAAAUGACCACCUCUUCUUCCUCUUUAGCCAACGAGGCGCAAAGCUCAAAGAAAUCCUACCUUGUUAACAUAGAUUUGAGAGACCUGGACGGCAAGUCUAUCCAAUCCGAUUCAAUACAGACGCUAAACAAACAGAAAUUCCAGAAAAGGUUGUCUGUGACAUCUCCAACCUCAACUUCGUCUCCCACUUCAUCAAAUUCGCAUUCUCACACUUCUUAUACCUCUCGUGGUAGGUAUAAGAAACGCCCAUCCAGGGGCAGGCAAAGAACUUCUAGAACCGUACAUACAUCUUAA